UUUUAUAUACAAAAUAAUAUUUACACAAUAUGAUGCUAGUCAAAAAUUCUGACAAUCAUAUAGAUGUCAGAAUUGCAAAUGGGACAACGCCCUCUGCCCCUCACCUCCUCACCGCAAUCGUGGCAUAAACAUUUGUGCCCACACGGAAUGCAGGCAUGUGUGUUAGUGGCUGCCAAGCAAAUGCCACAACUGUUUAUUUGUCGCGGUGUUAUAUCCUCAUUUAAAUUAGCCGAAACGAAUGGAAUAUUAUCUUGCUCCCUUCUCAAACGUUGUCUUUCCAUUUGUCCGAUAAACGCGAGAACUUCGUCGUCGUCCUCGGAGCCUUACUGGGAAGAAUGGCGUUAUUAUCUUGGACAGCUUGAACAGCCGGAGCAGCCUCAACAACAAAAGCAGCCUCAACUACAGGAGCAGCCUCAACUACAGGAUCGGCAGCUUCAACAACGGGAGCAGCCUCAACUACAGUAUCGGCAGCUUCAAUUCCAAAUUCCCGGUCUUGUUAUAUUCAUUUGUUGGUUUAAAAUUCUGUGAAAGACCUCCUGAUCGUUGUUUGUCCUCCUGGCCUGU